AUGGAUCCAACAGAGCCAGAGUCGGAGCCGGAGUCAGGGCAGCAGGCUCAGCAGCAAGAACCGCAGAGGGUAGACCGCGACCCGGCACGUGAAUCCCCGCCGCAUCUCCACCCAUACCAAGUGUCGGGAAAGGUGCACCCCCGCCCCCCCGCCUCAGGGGACCAGGGCAGCAGUAGCAGCAGAAGUGGUAGUGGUAGCGAGAGCAGCAGCAGCAGCAGCAACAAACGCCCAAAGCUACAUUCCGCAGCGCGCAAAAAGGAGCCCGGCAAAUUCACCACCGCCCUACGAUCGCUGGCCACUCAAAGCAGCAGCGCUACCGCCUUUGCCGAUGAAGUAGUAUCAGCGAGGGCGGUCCCCACCGCCGCCGCCGCCGCCGCUCCUGCUCCCGUUACCAGCACCGCAGGCAAUAGCCACGGUCCAACCGCCAGGACGGGCCAACUUGGCAGAGCCAGCACCAGCACCAGCACCCAACCACACGAGCUCCUCCUCUCCCGGCUGCGCGCGCUGGAAACUCGGCGGACGGAGCUUGCUACGUGGGCGAAGCAGGCCGAGGACGAAUUUGCCUCGUUGAUCGGCGAGCGUCGCGCGGCGGAGCAGAAGCUUGUGUGGCUGCGGCGCGAGGAGGAGGCGACGAGGGCUAAGUUGGAUUGGUUACCUGGGGAGCUGCGGGUGGUGGAAGCGAGGCGCGCACGGGCGGUGGGGGAGCUGGUGGUGAACGGGGAGAGGCGGGCAGAGGUGUUGGGGAAGCUUGAGAGGUUGGAGGGGGUGGCGGGGAUAGAGAGUGGGAGUGGGAACGGAGGGGAAAGGGAUGUGAUUGUUAUUGACGAGGAGAUAAUGGGUUAG